AUGAACGAGCUGGUGGCCCCGGGACUGCCACCUCAGUCUCCCAUAGCCUUGAAGGGUUAUGGAGUCAUUGAAUUCGGCGAAGACGACCAGGGAGCAAGGAGUCCCCCGGCCAGAAGGCCUUACAUCGCCAUUGCAGUGCUGUGCUACCUUAACCUGGUGAAUUACAUGGACUGGUUUCUUGUCCCAGGUAAGAUGACUCCCCUCUUUCUGGGGUCCAUUCCCUGAAAGAUAGCCAUGUUAAUACUGCUUUUCAAGAGGUCUGCAGAGUGGCAACACGAGAACGGGGCCUUCUUUGCAGUGGCUCCCUGUCUGUGGAAUGCUGUCCCCAGUGAAGUUCACCUGGCGCCUUCAUUAUACACCUUUAGGUGCCAGGCAAAAACAUUCCUUUUUAACCCGGCCUUUGGCUGAUCUUAUUGACAUCCAACACACUUUCAGAAUGUGGCUUUUGGGGGGGGUUGUUAUUGGGUUACUGCUUUUGGUUUGAUUUUAUAUGUUGUGGUCUUGUUGUGAACCUCCCUGAGACCUCCAGAUAUAGGGUGGUGUAUAAGUUGAAAUAAUAAUCAUCAUAAUUUUUUAAACAGACUCCAGACCCUCCAAGUGUCCUUAUUUUCCAGGGACAGUCCUGGAUUUACAGAAGCUGUCCCAGUUUCUGAAUUGAUCCCAGAAUGUCCCACUUUUCCUUAGGAUGUCCCUAUUUUCAUCGGAGAAAUGUUGGAGGGUAUGGAGUUAUGCAACCGCCUGAGCCAAGGAGAUUAGCAACUAUACAACCUUUAGAAGAAUAUCUGUGUAGUUUUAUUAUAUUUUUAUGUAUUUUGGAAGCCGCCCAGAGUGGCUGGGGCAGCCCAGGCUGAUGGGCAGGGUAUAAAUAAUAAAAUGAUGAUGGUGAUGAAGGUGAUGAUGAUGGACUAGGAUGUUCCUAUUUUCGUCAGAGAAACGUUGGAGGGUAUCAGACCCCCCCACAAGGAAAUGUGACAGCGUAUUGGACUAUUUAGUUUAGAGAGAAGGCAAGCGAGAGGCGACAUGAUCGACGUUUAGAUAAUUACGCCUGGCAUGGAGAGAGUGGAAAGAGGAAGGUUUUUCUCCCUUACACCAUACACAUGGGAACUUGUGGGCGUCCAGCGAAGCUGAGUGUUGAAAGUAAGCACUUCAUGCGGUGAGGGCCACCAACCCGGUGGCUUUAAAAGAGGAUUAAUGGAGGAUAAGGCGUCUAUGAGCCACAAUGGCUCUGCUCCCACAGCUGGAGGCAGCCAUGCUUUUGAAUACCCGUUGCUGGAAACCACAGGAGGGGAGAGGUGCUCUUGUGUUCGAAUCUUGCUUGUGGGUUUCCCACAGGAAUCUGGUUGUGCACAGUGAGAACAGGAUGGUGGACUAGAUGGGGGUCACUGGCCUGAUCCAGCAGCGGUUCUUCUUAUGUUCUUAAAAUGCAACAAAAUGAUAAGAGCUGGAGCUCUGUGAAGGGUAAACCACAAGCCCAGAAUUCUUCGAGAGGGAAAUGUGCUUCCAGUGUGCAUUAAAGGCAUAGUCGUGCACAGCCACAGUUCCUAUUCGGUAUGACAUGCCAGACGACACCUGUUGGCCUCCAUGUUUUGUCCUGGAUUUCCAGAGUCCUGCCCCCUGCCCCCAUAUCCAAGGGGCUUGUAUUUUUAAACCCAAAGUUCACAGCCUCCGAUGUCCCCAACAAAGAAUCAAUGCUUUUUUGGGCUUGCCAAUUCUGCAAAAUGUAAAGGCAGGCUCCUUUCCUUUUCCACCCUUUGGUUGUAUAGCAUCUUCCAUCUAAAUGUCAACGAAGAGCAGGGCACAGAUUCUCAGAGGGUUUCCCCUGUUAGGUUAUUGACAGAGUAGGGUAAGCUUCAUAAGAGCUCAAGUAAAAGCAAAGUGAGAUGGGUGAUCCCUGCUUCUCUGCAAGCAAAUAAUAAUAAUAAUAAUAAUAAUAAUAAUAAUAAUAAUAUGAUUUAUACCCUGCCCUCCCCGGCCAGAGCUGGGCUCAGGGCAGCUAACACCAGUAAAAUUACAGUAAAAACAUAAUGGGGGGGGGGCACCAAUUUAAAAUACAGGUUAAAAUGCAAUUAAAAACGCGGCCUCAUUUUAAAAGUAGCCCAUAGAUCAAAACUCUAAGGGGAGGGAAACAUAAGGGUCAGACUGAGUCCAAACCAAAGGCCAGGUGGAACAGCUCUGUCUUGCAGGCCCUGUGGAAAUAUAUCAAGUCCUGCAGGGCCCUAGUCUCUUGUGACAGAGUGUUCCACCAAGUCGGGGCCAGUACUGAAAAGGCCCUGGCCCUAGCUGAGACGAGUAGUACAACGAGUAGUAAAGGCAGCUUUGCAUAACCUGAGCUGCUAGAUCAAAGCAGCACUCCUUUGCUAAACCUCUGCUUCCCCUUCCCACAAGCUGGGGCAAGGGGAUAGAGCCUAUUAUGUCAUAGGAGCAGACUUGGAUUUUACCCAGCCAUGGGAGAACUUAGGCCAAUCUAACCUAACUCAAAGGAUAAAAUGCAGGUGGGUGACCAUGCUUGCUCUCCAGAGCCUCUUGGAGACAGGGUAGGAUAACAAACUUUAAGAAGUCAAAAUUAAUCCUAUCACUGUAACAUUGUGGUUGUAAUGGAUUUUUGCUUUGUUACAGGGGUGCUUCAACACGUACAGACCUACUUCAAACUACGAGACAGCAGCGCAGGCUUGUUACAUACAGGUAAAACCAUAUUAAUACAAUGGCAUUCUCUUUUGUUGCUUUCAGCAUGUGUAUGAUCAUAAUCAAUUAUCUCUCACCCUGAUCACUACUGCUUUUGCCUUGCAUUUGCCUUGCAUUGAAAUGAAUGGGGCAGAGCGGUAUAAUUAAUUAUGUAAAUUACACGAGUUGCAUAAUUUCACCACAGCGGACGGUGAGACAAAUAGCGUCGUUUUUGUCAGAUGGCGAACUGCAGCAGAAAGGAAACAGCACUGUGUGAAAUGAAUAUAGAGUGGGGUGGAUGGAUGUAAUGAUGACUUGUUACAUUACUAAUUCAAAAUAGUGUUCUGAGAAUACUGGAAUUUUGUGCUAUGCAAAAACCAUACAAAAUAAGAUCUGCCUGUCGGUUAACAUUUCUCAGGAAGCUGGAUUUCGCACCCAACACCACAUCCUGUGUUUUAUUCUCUGUCCCCCUGUGAAAUUGUGGCAUUUUGACAGACCUGUGCAGGCAACCCUCCCAAAUGACCGGUCUGUUAUAACACAUCCUCUCAUGUUCCCUUAGCCUUCUGGUCUCUGUUUCUUAAAAAUAAAAUAAAAAUCUGCUUCACAUUCAGAUCAAUAGACACAUUACUGUAUAUAGAAAGCUAGCAUGCCAAGAAUGAAGCCAAGACUGUCCUGACAUGCUAGUUUCUUCAGUGCAGGGACUUUAAUAACAAUCACCAUCAUCAUCAUCCUAUCAAUCAAUCAAUCAAUCAAUCAAUCAAUCACAUCAGAUCUUUGAGGAGGUUAAGUUACAGUUUUGCUGCAGCUUUGUGAAAGCGAAGCCAAAAACUGCUUUCAAAAUGGAUUUUAUGUGUGUGUGAAUCUGGAACUGUGUGGAAAAAAUAAUAGAAAUAAUAAUACAAUGAGUCUAAUCGGAAGUCAAAUGUGUUUAUUUUUAUUUUUUUCCUCUCUUCUAAUUCUUUCUUUAAAUCUCCCCCCCUUUCUUCUUUUUCUUUCUACCUUCUUCUUCUUCUUCUUCUUCUUUUGUCCUUUUCUUUUUGAUCUGCUAAGAAAGAGAUAAAAGUUAAAUAUGAAAAUCUGAGCAAGCUAAAGUGAUGUUCUGUAAUUUUUCAACUACUGUUAAAGAUGGUCAGUUUGUAAUGAGCUGAUGUAGUAGUUGUUGUGGAUUUUUUUUAUUAUUGUUGAAUCUUAAAUAAAGUAUUAAAAACACACACACACAAAUGGAUUUUAUGUGUGUGUGAAUAGGUCUUGACUGUGGCAAGGGUUGUCCAUAUUCUAUCAUAGGGCUUAAAAAAUGAGAGGGGGUUCCUUUGUUGUGUUUCAAACCACAGGGAGCACCUGUUUCGGGCCAGUUCAAGGUUAGUGAGACAUAACUUCAUCUAUGCUUGUUUUUCUAUAUACUUGGUCAUUUUAUUUCUAAAAGUGUUCCACCAAUUAAUCUGGAGCAGAACUUGGAACCAGCCUGUAAUUUCCUGGAUUCUGCCCUGCCACAUAGAUUUCUUUUUAAAAAUUGGUGUUAGACUGGCUGUUUUCCAGUUCCCUGGUGUGGAGGCCAUGCUUAGGGACAAGUUAUCAGUUUUUUGUUAGAAGAUCAGCAUAUCCAUGUGUGAGUUCUUCUUCAGAACUCUCAAGUUCAUGCCAUUCAAACCAGGCUCGUUUAUAAUUUGUUGUUGUUGUUGUUAUACCACCCUUUAUCAAGAGAUCCCAGGGUGGUGUACAACAUUAAGAACACAUUUACAGAGCACAAUCAUAAAAUAAUUUUUAAAAAGCAUAAUAAUAAAAUAAUCAUAAUAACAGUCCCUCCCACAGCUUUAACAAGGACAUGGAUUAUUUAAUGGCCAAAGGCCUGGGUAAAGAGGAAUGUUUUUGCCUGGUGCCUAAAGACAUGUAAUGAUGGUGCCAGGUGAGCCUCCCUGGGGAAAAUACUCCACAAAUGGGGAGCCACCACUGAAAAGGCCUGUUCUGGUGUUGCCACCCUCUUGACCUCUCACGGAGGAGGCACACAAAGAAGGGCCUCUGUUGAUGAUUAAAGGUUGAGGAUUGGUUCCUGUGGGGAGACGCAUCCUUGAGGUAUUGAUGUCUUGAGCCAUGUAAUAAAGCUUAGACCUUUCCUCACCUCUAUUUGCCUCGUUUCUUCAGCCCCUCUGUGUGAAAAAGUCCAGUUUAGGACCAGGCAUCUGCCCUACCCUGAAUUCUGUGGCCAUCAUGUCUGACUUGGGAGUUUCAAGGAGGAAUGGCCACCAUGAGGAAACAGGGUACUAGGCUAGACUGGCCUUCGGUCAGAUCCAGCAGUGGGCUUUUAUGUUUUUAAUCAAAACAAAGAUUCUUAAAAUAUGCUUCUGUUUUUCUAAAUUCAUCUUGAAUAUAGCCAAGAGUGACACCCACACUCUGGGUAGACCCAAGUUCAAAUCCCAUGGAGUUUACUGGGAGACCCGAGACCAGUCAGUCUCAGCCUAGCCUACCUCACAGGGUGGUAAUGAGGAUAAAAUAUGUGUGUUUAUGGCAAAUCUUAGAUCUUUGGUAGAAGGAUGGUGAAGUGUGGGAACCUAACAGUAGACACUGGGAUAGCUCAGUCAGUAGUGCAUGAGACUCUUAAUCUGGGGGGUCAUGGGUUCGAGCCCCCCACUGGGCAAAAGAUUCUUACAUUGCAGCAAAUUGGACCCUUGUGUCCCCUUCCAGCUCUUAAGAUUCUAUGAAUUGAAGGAAAGUGAAAUGAUGUGAUAAAUAUACUGAAAUGGACCCUGGUGAACUCCCACACAGCUGUCAACAUUCAUCACUCCUCUUGCUUCUUUCCACAACAGUUUUUAUUAUUUGUUUCUUGGUGGCGGCCCCUCUUUUUGGAUAUCUCGGUGACAGAUACAACCGCAAAAUCAUCCUGGGUGCUGGGGUAAUCCUCUGGUCAGGCGUUACUCUUGCCAGCUCAUUCAUCCCAGAAUGGGUAAGUGUCAAUUAUUUGGUUUUUUGGGGGGUGGAGGUUUGUCUGCAUUAAUAGAUGUUCCAUUUUGGGAAUAGUACACCUCCUGGGGGCGUUCGAAUGUUCAGCAAAUCCAAAGCUGGUUCAAUGAGCUGAGGCUCAUCUAUUACAAAUGCGAAAGGGGGAGGGGGAGGAAACAUAUUUUUUAAAUUAGCUAAUGCUUCCCCCCCCCCCAAGAAAAAUAGGUGCUAGAAUUCACCGUGAAGUUGUUACAAUAAGUCACCGGGCGACUUAGGGCAGCCCUGAACAGAUGCCAGUUUGAUAACAGCCCCAUUUACUGAUUGCGGACGUGCAAAAAACUACAGCCAGCUGUCUCCUUAGCUGGUUUGGGGGUUAACCCUAGUUCUGGUAUAGGUCAAAUAUUGUGCCUCCUCCGCCCUCAUUCUCUUAGAUUCUGGCAGAUGUCUAGGGCAGCUUGGAAGGGCCCUCGUGCAAAUGCGCACAUGUGUAACAGUAGAGGCCUGGCGGGAAAGCUUAAAGCCCCCUGCCACUAUACAGUGGUACCUCUGGUUGCGAACGGAAUCCGUUCCGGAGGCCCAUUCGCAAUAUGAAAAGAACACAACCCGCAGCAGUGCGUCUGCGCACGUGCGUGACAUCAUUUUGCACGUCUGCGCAUGCGUGAGCUGCGAAACCCGGAAGUAACCUUUUCCGGUACUUCCGGGUCGCCGCGGGACGUAACUUGAAAGAACGUAACAUGAAGCGGACGUAACAUGAGGUAUGACUGUACUGGAGACGGAUUGAAGAGAAGGGAAUACAAAUUGGCUGCCCUGUAGCUUGACCAAUCACGGCUAGGAGUUAGUUGGAGUCAUAGGUCUUUAAAAAAAGUGUAGACUUGCACAAGCUGGCCAACUUCUGUUUUGACUUGAAAUGUACGUUUUGGGCUUCUCAGAAGUACAUAAAGGCAAGAAGGUGAUGGUGGGAGCACUGGCUCGCAAUGGCAGACACCUGAGAGUUGCUGGAACUGCACUCCUGCAUAUUCCGGCUGAAAAAAAAGAGCACUGGUUAGGAGAACAACUCAGUUUUACCUAGGCUACCUAAUUUAGAACGGAGGGAACUACUGCCCAGAGAAGCUCUGAGUGAUAUUCUGGGCAAUAAAGGUGCAAGCUUUAUGUUAUAAUUGUUUGCCUGGACUGGAUCGUGGGCUACAGUCUAUGAGACAGAAAAGAGAGUAAAGACAGGGAAAUUUGUAUAUCUUUUUAUGUCUUGUCUUCUGCUCGACAUGAGCUUCUUCUGAAGGGACAGGAGGAUAAAUUAAAAUAAACAAAGGCUAUGCCGAGUGCUGGGACACGGGUGGUGCUGUGGGUUAAAAUACAGAGCCUAGGACUUGCCGAUCAGAAGGUCGGCAGUUUGAAUCCCCGUGACGGGGUGAGCUCCCAUUGCUUGGUCCCUGCUCCUGCCAACCUAGCAGUUCGAAAGCACGUCAAAGUGCAAGUAGAUAAAUAGGUACCGCUCCAGCGGGAAGGUAAACGGCGUUUCCGUGCGCUGCUCUGGUUUGCCAGAGGCAGCUUAGUCAUGCUGGCCACAUGACCCGGAAGCUGUACGCCGGCUCCCUCGGCCAAUAAAGCGAGAUGAGCGCCGCAACCCCAGAGUCGGUCACGACUGGACCUAAUGGUCAGGGGUCCCUUUACCUUUACAUUUAUGCCGAGUGCUGGAAGGUGCUAUUUAAUGUGUGCCCUUUUCAAUAUCUUGCACAUCUCCUCCCCUUCCUCAAGAUGCCCUGGCUGUUCUUCAUUUCGCGGGGACUGGUGGGUGCUGGCACCGCCAGUUACUCCACUAUCGCGCCCACCAUCAUCGCCGACCUGUUUGAGAAAGACCGCAGGACGUGCAUGCUCUCGCUCUUCUACAUCUUCAUACCGGUUGGAAGGUAGAUCUCUGUUCUUCCAGACAAGUUGGGAAGGAUCUGGGGCUAGGGGGCAGCACGGAAGUGGGGAAGGGGAGAAGCGGGGGGGGGGAUGUUCUGGUUGGAGUCUCUUCAUUUUCCUUUUAGCAAGGGUGGGGCUGUUGAAGAGAGCCAUCUGUCUAUCCACCCCCCCCCUCCAUCCUUGCAUUUCUGAUGUUCAAACCGAAAGGGCCAAUCAUUUUGUACCCAAAAACACCUGGGAGGAAUUACCAACAAGAUUCAGGGAACUCAAGACAUGCAGAACUGCAAAAACAUAUUUAUGGGAAGAAAGGCAGUGUGAGAAACUGAGAUAUGAAAGCUAGGAGCUAAAUGGCACCUUAAACCCAGGUUAUGGGCACAACAACGGAAUGUCUAGGCUUUUUUUAAUAACAAGAAUACAAAGCUGAAAAUGAAUGAACUGCAACUAAAAUAUUAUGUUCAUUUUUCACAUGGUCUAGUCCUUCCCUUGCCCACCCCCCUAAUAUUCUUAAAAGGGUCUCUUAUCCAGUCUUAAGAGAGUAACUGGAAAUGGGGAGGCAGAAAAAGUUCCUCCUUUCCUUCCACUCUGCAGUUUUAAUCUGAAAUCUUAGGUACAGUACUGCACCCAGAGCUCAGAAACUUAUUGCGCUGAUCAAAUUCCCUGUCGCAAAAUGCGCCAAGAACAAUGGGAGUUUCGAACAUUGAAGAAAGGACUAGAGGUGCAGUGAGGGAAAACCUCUCAAACAGCCCCAUGAGAACUGAGUGUGCUCAGUAGUCACAAAAUGCUGACUGUUUUGGGGGGGGGUUGAGAGGGGACACAGAAAACCAGGUUGGGUGGAAUGGGAAUUCGGAACAGCAGCAGUCCCCACUGUAACACUUUGUUGCAGGUCCCACUUACUACAUUGAUAUCCCUCUUUCCUUUCCUCACGGAACUCCAUGCGUCAUACAUGCAGGUUACUUAAGUGACCUUUCAUUCAUGCACUGGCCAAACCUGGACCAGCUUAACUUCAGCAAGACAGCUGCAUCCAAGGCCACGUUCUAGACUCUUGAUUGGUUCUGAUUGUUGUUUGAAGAGGAUCAGUCAUUGGCCGCAAUUGGAAGCCAUGUUUUAUUUAACUGCAGAGACUCUAAACUUUUUAAACUGGAGAGGCUAAGAAGUGACCACCAAAGCUCCAACAUGAAAAUAGGGACAUCCUAUUCCAUCAUCGGGACGCGGGUGGCACUGUGGGUUAAACCACAGAGCCUAGGACUUGCCGAUCAGAAGGUCGACGGUUCAAAUCCCCGCAACGGGGUGAGCUCCCGUUGCUUUGGUCCCUGCUCCUGCCAACCUAGCAAUUCAAAAGCACGUCAAAGUGCAAGUAGAUCAAUAGGUACCGCUCUGGCGGGAAGGUAAACGGCAUUUCCGUGCGCUGCUCUGGUUCGCCAGAAGCGGCUUAGUCAUGCUGGCUACAUGAUUCGGAAGCUGUACGCCGGCUCCCUCGGCCAAUAAAGCGAGAUGAGCACAACAACCCCAGAGUCGGCCAUGACUGGACCUAAUGGUCAGGGGUCCCUUUACCUUUUAUUCCAUCGUCAUCAUCAUCAUCAUCAUCAUCCUAAACAUCACCAUCAUUUUAUUAUUUAUACCCCGCCUCUCUGACUGAAUUGCCUCAGCCACUUGCCACUCUGGGCAGCUUCCAUUAUAUUCUAAAACACAAAGAAACAUUAAACAUUAAAAAACUUCCCUAUACAGGGCUGCCUUCAGAUGUCUUCUGAAGGUUGUAUAGUUCCUUAUCUCCUUGGCUCAAGGGUUGCGUAACUCCAAACCCCCCAAUGUUUCUCUGCUGAAAAUAGGGACGUCCUAAGGAAAAGCGUCACAUUCCAGGGUCAAAUCAGAAACCGGGGUGGCUUCUGUAAAUCCAGGACUGUCCCUGGAAAAUAGGGACAAUUGGAAGGUCUGGACCACUGACAUGGGAGGUGUGCACCCUAAUUCUGAGAUGCAGCCCUUCCCAUGAAGAGCUUCUGCCUAGGCUGGUGACCUGGCAACCAAACUGGUGCUCAGUCUGCCCCCUAGACAUGCUCGGUGGUUUGAAGCAGUCAGAUAAAAACGGUGCAUUUCCUUUCUCUUGCAGUGGGCUCGGUUACAUCAUGUCAUCUGGAAUGGCGUUGGCUACUGGCCACUGGAACUGGGGGUUCAGGGUGAGUCUUUUCUGGAUGGACCCCCCUUUUGGGGGGCAAAAUGGUGAGGUUCUUCCACUCUGCACUUUAUCAAGGGAGUUUCAUUCAGCUGAACAAAUCCGACUGCUGGCCUCAGCCCACUGUCAGCCUGUUUUGUGAAGAGACAGAAACUGUUUGAAACUGAAGAGAGUGGCUUGAGAUCUGCAAUACUAAAACCAAAGGCCUGCUUUGAAAAAUGAUUGGCAGGAGCUUAUAGGAACUCCAUCUUUUCUGCCAUUAUUAUUAUUAUUAGAAUUUAUACACUGCCCUAUACCCAGAGGUCUCAGGGCGGUUCGCAGAAUAAAAUCGAAAUAUAAAACCACAAAAUGCAUAAUCGAAAUGAAAACAACAACCCAAUAACCCUUCCCCCAAUAACUCCUCCUUAUUGAUCAUCAGAAUGUUGCCCCUUUAAUCAUGGUCUUUGUUGAAAGUCCAUUUCCUGCAACACAAGCAACUGUUCCUUUCUCUGUAGGUCACCCCUUGUAUGGGAGCUGUAGGCUUGGCUUUCCUCAUUUUCUUGGUUCCUGAAUCAUCCCGGCGUGGAGCUGCAGAGCCUGCAGCUGACAAGGUCAGAGGGGAUUCAACUUGGCUCAAGGACAUUUCAUCGCUUUGCAAAAAGUAAGUAUCAUUAUUAUUAUUUGAAUUUUCAGUGCCUGUAUGGAAUGCCAGCCCUUUGCUUGGAAGUGCAGCUUUUAGCCUUAGGUAGUAUAAUACGCAUAUAUAAAUUCUAUCUGCCAUCUAAUGACAACACUGCAUCCCUGAUGAAGACCAGGCUCAAGUCCCCGAAACCUUAUAUACUUUGACAAAUCCAUGCAUCUUGAAGGUGCUGCAAGUUGAGCUGGAUCCAGUAGAGGGCGAUGUUGACUUGGAGAAAUCUUCUAUAGGCAUCCUUUGAACAUUUUAUGCUCAGGGCCAAGUCAGGUAGCGAACAUUGUCUGCUCUAGAAGGUAAAAGACCCCUGGAUGGUUAAUUACGAUACUGUGUGCCCUACUUGGCUAUCAUAUAAAAUGCUUGUUUAUGGUGUAAAGGUAAAGGGACCCCUGACCAUUAGGUCCAGUCGUGGCCGACUCUAGGGUUGCGGCACUCAUCUUGUUUUAUUGGCCAAGGGAGCCGGCGUACAGCUUCCGGGUCAUGUGGCCAGCAUGACUAAGCCGCUUCUGGCGAAUCAGACCAGCGCACGGAAACGCCGUUUACCUUCCUGCCGGAGCGGUACCUAUUUAUCUACUUGCACUUUGACGUGCUUUUGAACUGCUAGGUUGGCAGGAGCAGGGCCAGAGCAACAGGAGCUCACCCCGUCGCGGGGUUUCGAACUGCUGACCUUCUGAUCAGCAAGUCCUAGGCUCUGUGGUUUAACCCACAGCGCCACCCACGUCCCUUUGUUUAUGGUGUAGGCCCUGAAAUUUCAGGCUUGUGCUACACUUGCCACCCUCCCUGCUAACAUUUUGUCAUUUCUGUGGGUUGCAGCUGGCUUUCAGCAAUGUCGAAAGGCACUCUAAAAAUUACCUGAUUACCCAGAAUGCUCUGGUGAACAUGCUGGCUAGCCCCCAGAGCUAUCAAACAUCACCUUGUCUUCCUUCUCCUUAAUUAAAAGAUGCAUAGUGUAUACUGUCAGGCAUCCGGGUACUUUACAGCGGGAGGAGGGGGGGUGUUUUUCAGCCCAGGGGCCGCAUCACUUCGUAAGCAGCCUUCUGGGGGCCGCAUGCCCAUGGUGGGCAGAGCCAAAGGCAAGAGUGGGUGGAGCCAGAGGCCAAAAUUCAACACAGAGCAACACAGUGGUGGCUGGUAGGACAGAAGGCAGGAAGCCCAACAGUAGGUGGCGCCAGAGCCCAUGAGAGGCAAAGCCAGCUAGCUCUAGUUUUACCCUAGCCUCCUCCCUGCUGAGUUCUAGAAGGGGCAACACUGAGGUGGAGGAGGAGGAAGGUGGUAGCCUGGGCCCACCUGCUGGGCAGGUUAUAAGGAAGAAGGCAGGCAGGUGGGGGCUGACUGAGGGCAGAUGGAGGUUGAUGGGGCAGCCUCCACUGGAACAACAGGCAUGACCCUUGCCCUUUUACAGUCAGCUGUAUUCCAACCAUGUAAAGGCCAGGGGUAUCGACACAUAGAGCACAGAAUUGUAGAGUUGGAAGUGACCACAUGGUUCAUCUCAUCCAGUCCCGUGCAACGCAGGAAUAUUUUGCCCAAUGUUGGGGUGGAACCCACGACCCUGAGAUCAAGGGUCUCAUGCUCUGCCAAGUGACCUAUCUGUGCAUCUCUCCAUUCACCCAGACGAGCAAAGGCUGUUAUCACAGUUUAGUCAGCCAGAAGCACUCCAGGAAACUGUGGAACGCAGCAAGCUAAGGCUGUGGCCUGGGGAGGGGAGGUAUGACCUGAUGAAAUCCUGAGGGCCUGACAGAAAGGCCUCGAGGGCCGCAUUUGCCCCUCCCAGGCCUGAGGUUUUCCCUCCCCCUGAUAUGGAGAGCAAUAACAAGCAAAACCCAAGACACCAAGGAAACUACAGUGGUACCUCAGGUUACAUACGCUUCAGGUUACAUACGCUUCAGGUUACAGACUCCGCUUACCCAGAAAUAGUACCUCAGGUUAAGAACUUUGCUUCAGGAUGAGAACAGAAACUGUGCUCCGGUGGUGCGGCAGCAGCGGGAGGCCCCAUUAGUUAAAGUGGUGCUUCAGGUUAAGAACAGUUUCAGGUUAAGAACGGACCUCCGGAACGAAUUAAGUACUUAACCCGAGGUACCACUGUAUUUAAAUAUGUUUCUUAUUCCACCCCACCCCGUCAGCUGGAGUUUCUUGUGGUCCUCGCUCGGGGUGACAGCCAUGUCCUUCAUCGUCGGAGCUCUGGGGUUCUGGAUGCCAGUGUUCCUUUCCAGAGCUCAGCUCAUCCAUGACGCUGUCCCUCCCUGCCAGCAGGCAGGGUCAUGUGACACCUCCAACAGGUGAGACAAGCUUCCUUUGGGAGAAGCAAACAGAGGGCAUGGGGAACGCUCCAUAGGAGAGAUUAUCUGAAUAUUUUUUAUUUACUGUAUUUUUAAAGAAAUGUGACAACAGGAGGCUGUGGCAGAGAUGGAUCAUUGCAGAAAGAUCACACCUGUUUGAUUUGUGAACCACCCUGAGAUCUAUGGGUAUAGGGGAGUAGGCAAAUUUAAUAAUAAAAACAAGUAAUUUCUGCCUGCUACAGCAUGGUCAAAGCACAAAGAUACAGUCAUGUAAUAAUAAUGAUAAUAAAAGCCAAUCGACAGAGCCAAUGUUUAUAAGGUUAUAUAACCUGCUGUGGUCUUAAAAACACACACACAUAUUUUUUCCUGUCCUCCAGCCAGAUAUUUGGAGGAAUAACUAUUGCAACUGGCAUCUUUGGAGUCAUUGUUGGAGCAGAAGCCGCCAGAAGAUUCAAGAAGACCAACGCAAUGGCUGACCCUCUGAUCUGUGCUGUGGGCUUGCUGACGUCAUCUCCAUCCAUGUAUCUGGCGAUCAUGCUGGCUCAGGAAAGCAUUAUAGCUACAUAUGUAAGUGGCAAGUACAGUGGUACCUCAGGUUAAGUACUUAAUUCGUUCCGGAGGUCCAUACUUAACCUGAAACUGUUCUUAACCUGAAGCACCACUUUAGCUAAUGAGGCCUCCUGCUGCUGCCGCGCUGCCAGAGCACGAUUUCUGUUCUCAUCCUGAAGCAAAGUUCUUAACCCGAGGUACUAUUUCUGGGUUGGCGGAGUCUGUAACCUGAAGUUUAUGUAACCUGAAGCGUAUGUAACCCGAGGCACCACUGUAUGUGGCAAGAGGGGUUUUGCCUUAGCGGCUGGCUUCUCUUCAAAGACAACCUUGCCUAUGCGGGAAUUGGGCAUUCAUAGCAGAGAUACUGGCUUGGAAAGGUUUCUAUUGCAAGACUGAAAUAUUGCAGAAACCGAGACGAACCUUUCUGAAUUUCAUAUAUGUGGGCAGGCAAUAUCACCAGGGAAGCCUGGACUGGGUGCCAGAGGCCUCUAGCAUACUCAUCAAUAUAUCCUAUCUAGUAUUUAAUUUUUGGUCAUUGCACUGGGUAAAUCUGCACCCUGAAAGUUAACUGCUUUUUGUUUUAAGCAGUCAAAUUGUACCAGCAAAGCAGCUUGGAAACCUGAGAGGGAGGCUUCCCAUGGUUGGCUGUAGCAGCUGUUGGAGCCUGUAGUAGCUGCUACUGUCACUUGGGCACUUCCUUGUUCACAAGCUCCUGCAAGCCGGUUUAUGAGCAAAUCUAUAUCCUCUGCCAGCUCUUGCUGGCAAAAUGAAGGAUCUUCCCGUGUUCCUAAUUUCUCUCAGCUGAAACCCAACAUUGGUAACACUGCCCUCAGCUCAUUGGUGGGAAGGUGGGAUCGUGUAAGGGUUGCUGGUACCCAAAACAUGAACCAUUAAAAGGAUGGAGAGUAGUAUUUGGCCUCUGUUUGAUCUUUCUGUGUGUGCAUUUGCAAAUCUCCAGUGCCCUGUCUACUCAUGACGUUCUUUCUACCUCUCUGUGUGCUUUUUCCCUAUUUCAGAUUUUUAUUGCCCUUGGAGAAUUUCUUUUAUCCUUAAACUGGGCCAUUGUGACUGACAUACUGCUGGUGAGUUCAGCUGCCUUUUUCUGUCAUAUUGAUUUUGCUAAUAACCUGAUACACCUAUUCUUAGAUCUCUGCUCUCUCUUUCUCUCUCUGUUUUCUACCUUCACAUCCCUUCAGGUCCAUAGCCAGAAACAUAGCGGAGACAAGAGUCACAUGGGGCAGGGGUGGGGGGGAAGCAGGGCAUUUUAAGUCAAUGUGAAAUGACUUAACAUGCAAUCCCAUGAAUAUUAUCCUGCUGACAAGUCCUUCUGACUUGCACAGUGUGAUUUACUGCUGGCUCGCUCCUGGCAGUCAAGCACAUCUAGCUGGUCUCUCCUACUUCCUACUUACCUUGACCAUUGGGUCUUUUCCCUUUGACUUUUCAGUAUGUCGUGAAACCAACAUGCCAAUCCACCGCACUAUCUGUACAGAUUUUUGUUAGUCAUUUGUUUGGUGAUGCCGGAAGCCCCUAUCUCAUUGGAAUCGUAAGUUAUAUGGGCAGCUUUAGAGGUGGGGGUGGGCUGGAGUCCCCCACCCCACCCCUUGGUGGGAAACUGUGCAAAGUAAUCUCAUUUUACAAGUGAAUAGAAACUCUUUGCACUGUGAGUGAAUAGCUUGGGGCUUCAUUUCAUGGCAGGUUGAAGCAGGUUCUUGGUCGUGGUGAUGUUCAAAUGGACCAGAGGCAGAAGGCAUAAUCCGAGACAGGCAGGAAAUCAGGCAACAGAUAAGGGAACCAACCUAGGACCAGAGGCAGAUAGGCAGUCGAAAGAUGGUCAGCUGGUCAGGUAGAGAGCUAAGUGGAUGAAGACCAAAGGAUCAGAUGUAGGAAAGCCAUCAGAGGUCCAAGACCAUCUGCACCACUGCUAAUAUAUUAGCCAAUUUACUCAGACUACUAAGAAACAACGUGAGACCAGGGAGAAGAGUCGGUGGAAGAAGACUGGAAAAAAUUUAAAGACUAUUUACAGAAAUACUGUAAAAUUAAUGAAUGUUAGAAAAACGUUGGAAUGAACCUAUAUGGCUUUAGUAGAAAUGUUAUAAGGAAUUAAGUAUAAAUAGAUUAAUAGAGUAUUAAAGGAAAAAAUAAGGUUAGAAUGAGUUAAGAUAAUUAUAGGAUAGAAAACAGAGGAAGAUUGAAAGGAAUUGCUGAAAUAAUUAACAGAAGUAGAAUACGAAAAGGGAGGUGUGAGGAGGUCGUGGAAAUAAGUGAAUGAAAGAUGGGAUAAUGAAAUUGUUGGAUUUAUUUUAUUGUUUUUGUUUUGUUUUGUUAGUUUAAUGUAUUGUAUUUUUUUUAAGUGUUUAAAUUUUUGGAAAAGUAAUAAAUAUUUUUUAAAAAGAAAAAAGAAAAAAAAGAGAAACAACGUGAGUUUUAUACAGCCAGACAGGCUCCUGUUGGUCCCUUGAGAACCAAAUGGUCUUGAAUAGGGUUACGGGGAGAAAUUCAAUACCGUUUGCAUUUAAAGGAAACCUCCCUAAUUUGCACUUUUGAAAACACAAUUCUUCUAUGCUUCAAAAUUAGAAAUUCUCCUUUAAACAAAUUAGAAAUUCUCCUUUAAACAAGAAAUUCUCCUUUAAACACAAAAAUACUUAGGCUAGACUUAAUUUUGCAGAUCAGUUCUCUGGCCAAUUAAUGGGCAUAUAAUGAGGUUGAGUGUGCAUCAAAAUGCACAUAUUUUUGAAGAUAGACAAAUAUGAAUUACAUUAGAGAAAAUACUCUGCAAGAAUGUGCAUCUUAGGCAAAAUUGCACAGAAGCAUAUGUAUAUUAGCAAAAAUCUGCACUGAAAUGUUAAUGAAUUUUCAUGAGGACUUUCUUAAAAAAAGAAAUAAAUUUGCAAAGUGGAAAUGUGGAGAACUGACCUUAGGACAAUUGACAUAUUUACCCAUUUCCUUGUCUUGGAAGAACUAAAGUCCCAGCUUUGGCCACUAGAGGGCUGGCACCAGUCAGGCCAUCAAACGCAUCAGUUUAUGCAUCCAGAGUUUUUGCUUCAUCUGUGUUAGAGCCCAGGAAGCUUCAGGGCAGGCUGAGGUCAAGUCCAAAGGCAACCAGAGAAAACAACACGGUCAGACUGAACGGGGUUCAAAUCCCCUACUUGGCCCUGAAGCUCACUGGGUGAGCUGGCAGGGGGGCAGUCACUGCCUCUUGACCUAGGGUUGCUGUGGGGAUUAAAUGGGGAGGGGGAGAAGCAUGGGUGCCACCUUGAGCUCCUUAGAGGAAGAGGGUGGGGCAUAAAUGCAAGAAGCAGAGUAAAAAACCACGUUCCCCCUCCAGAUCUCCAGUGAAAUCCAGAAGCGACAGGCCGGGGCUUCUUCCUACCUUGCGUCCUUCCGGAGCCUGCAGUACAGCUUUGUCUUAUGCUGCUUUGUCGGUGCUCUUGGGGGAGGCUGCUUCCUCCUGACCGCCCUCCGGAUCAAAGAAGAUCGGCUGGAAGCUGCGCCUUCACCCCCACCGCCAGUCAAAGGUAACUCUGACUCUUGGGCUCAGCGCAUCUGUACUGCGAGCAUCGCUCUGGCUUUGGGCAUCAUUUUUUGCCAGUCCGACCUUUCCAGCUGAACCGUAGAGUCAUAGAAUUGUAGAGUUGGAAGGGACAUCAAAUGCCAUCCAGUCCAACCCCCUGCAAUGUGGGAAUCUCAGCUAAGGCAUCCAUGAUAGAUGGCCACCCAACCUCUGCUUAAACAUCUGCAAGGAAGGAGAGUCUACAACCUCCCGGGACAGGGGCGGAGGAAGGGGGUGCAGUGGGUGUGGACCGCCCCAGGUGUCACAACUGAGAAGGGUGACAAAAUGCACUGCGCCUGAGCCAUGCGUCUCUCCUGGGCACACACAGGCCCCACACUGCCCGAAAUGGUCUGCCCGCUGCCUCCCCCCCCCCCAGGUGUAGGGCGGCUGAGUGGGAGGAGGCAGGCAGACUCCAGAGGCCCCACGGUGCACCCUGCCCAUAUGGGCGACUCACCCUGCCCUCGCCCUGCCUCUAUGUGUGGUGUAGUGGUUAAGAGCGGUAUACCCGUAAUCUGGUGAACUGGGUUCACGUCUCCGCUCCUCCACCUGCAGCUGCUGGGUGACCUUGGGCUAGUCACACUUCUCUGAAGUCUCUCAGCCCCACUCACCUCACAGAGUGUUUGUUGUGAGGAAGGAAGGGAAAGGAAAUUGUUAGCCACUUUGAGACUCCUUCGGGUAGUGAUGAAGCGGGAUAUCAAAUCCAAACUCCUCUUCUACUCUUCUUCUUCCUGGGCACGCUGCCCCAGGUACCCGAGCAACUUCCUCCGCCGCUGUCCCGGGGCAGACCGUUCCACUGUCAAACAGCUCUGACUGUCCUAAAGUUCUUCCUGAUGUUAAAUCAGCAUUUCCUUCCUUGUAGCUGGAAGCCAUUGGUUUGAGGCCUACCCUCCAGAGAAGGAGAAAACAAGCUUGCUCCAUCCUCCAUGUGAUACCCCUUGAGAUAUUUGAAGGUGUCUAUUGUAUCUUCUCUCAGUCUUCUCUUUUCCAGGUUAAAUAUACCCAACUCCUACCAUGGGAACUGUAGUUCGCCAAACAUUAUUAAAUGGUCUUGUGCAGGGGUCAGCUAACUUUUUCAGCAGGGGGCCAGUCCACUGUCCCUCAAACCUUGUGGGGAGCCGGACUAUAUUUUGGAAAAAUAAUAAUGAACAAAUUCCUCUGCCCCACAAAUAACCCAGAGAUGCAUUUUAAAUAAGAGCACACAUUCUACUCAUGUAAAAACAUGCCGAUUCCCGGACCGUCCACAGGCCGGAUUGAGAAGGCGAUUGGGCCGCAUCCGGCCCCCGGGCCUUAGUUUGCCUACCCAUGGUCUUGUCAUUUGAGGUCGCCCAUCUGCUUUGCACCUCUGCCGUUCCUGUGGCUCAUAGGAGGAAAGCCUGGGAAGUUCUAAUAAAUAUAAGUCCAGCGUUAUGUGGUUUCAAUUCCCUGUGGGUCUGAUGGUGCAGAUUAGGGCAAAAGAUGUAGAGAAAAGGAUUUGGACGACUUGCUUUAAGCUACACCUGUCCCAGUCUCCUGCCCAAGAAUGAUGGCAAGUGCCCUUUCUUGCAUGUCAAGUAAAGAUAAAGGUGAAGGGACCCCUGACCAUUAGGUCCAGUCGUGGCCAACUCUGGGGUUGCGGCGCUCAUCUCGCUUUCUUGGCCGAGGGAGCUGGCGUACAGGUUCCGGGUCAUGUGGCCAGCAUGACUAAGCCGCUUCUGGCAAACCAGAGCAGCGCACGGAAACGCCAUUUACCUUCCCGCUGGAGCAGUACCUAUUUAUCUACUUGCACUUUGACGUGCUUUCGAACUGCUAGGUUGGCAAGAGCAGGGACCGAGCAACGGGAGCUCACCCCGUCGCGGGGAUUCAAACUGCCAACCUUCUGAUCGGCAAGUCUUAGACUCUGUGGUCGCCACCCACGUCCCAUGUCAAGCUACUUUAUUCCAGUGCAGGCUCAGCAACGAGUGAAGAGCAGGAAAAAGCCUAGAGAUGCAGCAAGGAUCAAAGCAUGAGGAAAGGAACUUCAAGGUUCAGGGACAAGGCCAGGGAUACAGAUCAGAGGUUGGGAGCUGAGACUGCACAGGAGUUGCUCCAACUGUGAAGUUGUUCCAAGAAUCAGCCCUCCCUGCCCAUCAUGCUUUUAAACAGAGAUUGUCUGGCUACUCAAAUGCAAGCAUGCCCUAGAGACACCCCCUGACCUUAACUUGUGCAUGUUGAAUAAAGAGGUUUUGAGGAGAGAGUUUUACUGUCUCAUAGCAUAGUUAGCACAAUGGUGAUUGCUACCAAGCACAUUGAAACUUGGUAGGCUUCACAUCUGCCCUCACCCACCUUUAAACAAGCAUUUCCCACGAAACUACUUAGGCUAGAAUAAAUCACAGACACCUAGCUUUGCAAAUAAGCGAAUAUUUUACUCGCAGAGUUUCCAGCAACUGAGUCUCCAUCCAGUAAUAUAAAGAAGAAAAAGGUUCCCAAAGGUUCGUGCUCCUUCUUGGGGGCUGGGUUUACUCCUGACUUUUGAUGCGCUGCUGUUGUCUCAGAGACAAGGUCUGACGCUGCUCCCCCGCGGGCAGCUCAGUCUGUGCCACCUCCUCUCCUCAGGUGGAAAAAUGGCCUCCCCAGGCAUAUGAAGGCCCCACCUCCUCACCCUGAGCCAAGUAAUGGGGCAGCUGCGAGACUUCCCGAGCAAGAGUCUCAACAGAGGGUACUGGCUCUGAGUUGGGGAGCUUGAGCCGGAGGGCCCUGCUCCAUGGCCUCUUCAUCCACCAUUGUCGUCCUCUGUUGUACACAGAUUCAUGGAAGAUAAAGCUGUCACGGCCUACUAAACCUGAGGGCUAUGUUCAGCUUCCACCAGAGGCUCCAGGUUGCGAGGGAGUUUGCGGGGGUGUGUGUGACACUGCAUGUGAAGUCAGGUGUGCAACGUCAGGACAUUGGGAGGAGCCAGGGAGCGGAGCCAAGCCCAGCUGUGGCAUAGCUGUCAACCGUCCCUUAUUUGGCGGGAAAGUCCCUUAUCCCAGCGCUGUGUCCCGCUGCUGUCCCUUAUUGAUGAUGUCCCUUAAAUUUCCCGGGUUUCAAAGGAAGCAGCUCCUCUCCCUCCCUCCCUGCCGGCCAGGGAGCAGGGAGGCUCCAACUGUGUUGCUUGGCUGCGUUGCUCACCCAAUAAGGAGUCUAAGAACAACUGGGGGGUGGAGCUUGCAUGCCUUGUACCGAUCAAAUCGGCCACAUUGCCUGGGGACUUGCCUUUGCCCAGCGCUUCCCAGCGGAGAGGUGACGGUGGUUUUCCUUGCUGCAUCCCCUUUGCCGGGUUGCUACGCUGUGGGAACCACCACUUGAGGCUUCGUUUGGCUGCUGGCUGGGCUUUCUGCCUUUGGCUCGGAGGGGCUCAGAAGUUGAACAUACCUGUGCUUGGAAAAUCCCUUAUUUUGGCUGCUGAUCCCUUAUUUUCGAGGCUGCUGGUCCCUUAUUUUCAAAUCUGUAAGUUGACAGCUAUGCUGCAGCAGUGGCACAGCUUCAAUGGCUGCAGGCUCCUCCUCCUGCCACUUCCACCUGCCACUCAGCGCUCGGCUUCGCAAUUGGCCUCCUCCGCCCCCUGAUUUUUUUGACAUUGGGGGGCCUCAGCCCCCUCCCAAAUAUAUUGGGGAACCCCAGUUGGGCUCGGCCCCUAGCAGUUGGCGUCGUGGCCUCCAAGGCAGUAUGCUUCUGUAUACCAGUUGUUGGAAAAAGCAGAAGGGGAGAGGGCUCUUGUGUUCGAAUCCUGAUUGUGGGCUUCCCACGGCCAUAUAUGGUUGGCCACUGAGGGGAUAGGAUGCUGGACUAGGUGGGCCACUGGCCUGAUCCAGCAGGGGUCUCCUUACAUUUUUCUAGAGGAUAUGAGCAGAACAGCCCCUUUGCAGCAGAAGUAACAGGAGAUAAUAUUAGCUUUCUCGCCGGGAGAUGCUAAUUUGACAACCGCAGCGUGAACGAAACCCACCAGCUUUUGGCGCUCUCCUUAUCAAGCAGUUUUGGGAAUCCCCAGGAGGACAUUCUCCUCUCUAAAACUCCCGCUGAAAAGUGUGUUCGGAAUAUAUCGAAAGCAUUUCAGGAAAGGAGCUAAAGCAGCCUUUUCAGGAAAGCUCCCAAAGGAAUGGGUUUUAAAGCAAGAAUGAGGAACCUGGAGCCCUGCAAGACGCUGAACCCCAUAAGCCCAUAACAGCCAACCGUUCUCUGAUGAUAAUAGGGACAUCCUAUUCCAUAAUACUAAUUUUAUUAUUUAUACCUCACCCAUAUGACAGGGUUGCCCCAGCCACUCUGGGCGGCUUCCAACUUAAAACAUUUUUUAAAAAAGCUUCCCUAAUACAGGGCUGCCUUCAGAUAUAUUCUAAAAGUUGUAUAGUUACUUAACUCCUUGGCUUGGGGGUCACAUAACUCCAUACCUUCCAACAUUUAUCUGAUGAAAAUAGGGGUGUCCUAAGGAAAAGCAGGACAUUCUGUGAUAAUAAUAGUAACAAUAACAAUAAUAAUAAUAAUAGUUUAUUACCGUAUUUUUCGCUCUAUAACACGCACCCGACCAUAACACGCACGUAGUUUUUAGAGGAGGAAAAUCCGUAGGCAUGCCACCCGUAGGCAUUCCCUCCAUAACACGCACAGACAUUUCCCCUUACUUUCUAGGAGGAAAAAAGUGAGUGUUAUGGUGCAAAAAAUACGGUACUUAUACCCCGCCCAUCUGGCUGAGUUUCCCCAGCCACUCUGGGCGGCUCCCAAUCGAGUGUUAAAAACAAGACAGCAUUAAAUAUUAAAAACUUCCCUAAACAGGACUGCCUUCAGAUGUCUUUUAAAGAUAGGAUAGCUGCUUAUUUCCUUCAUAUCUGAAGGGAGGUUUGUUCCACAGGGUGGGUGCCACUACCUAGAAGGCCCUCUGUCUGGUUCCCUGUAACCUCACUUCUCGCAAUGAGGGAACUGCCAGAAGGCCCUCGACGCUGGAUCUCAGUGUCCGGGCUGAAUGAUGGGGGUGGAGACGCUCCUUCAGGUAUACAGGAUCAAAUCAGAAACUGGGCUUCUGUAAAUCCAGGACUGUCCCUGGAAAAUAGGGACACUUGGAGGGUUUUCAAGCCCUAGUCAGGAUUGCCAGUGGCCAGGGAGGAGGAUGGGGGAUUGUGGUCCAGCAGCAGCUCUGGGGUUGAAGGUGCCCCAUCCACGGCGGCGGAGGAAGCUGCGAGGGCACUGGGGCGGCUGCCCAGGGGCGAGGCGAGCUGCCCAUGGUGGGGGCUCACUGUGGGGCCUCCGCAGUCUGCCCGCCUCCUCCCACUCAGCCACCCUACAGCUGGGGGGGAGGUAGGCAGACCGUUUGGGCCUGCAGGUGCCCAAGCCGUGUCACUCCCAGGAGAGAUGCGUGGUACGGGUGCGUUGCAGGCCCACGGUGAGUGCCGCCUGGCAUUUUGUCACCCCCCUCAGUGGUGACACCCGGGGCAGACAGCCUCCCCACCGCACCCCCCUUCCUCCACCCCUGUUUUAAGAAACAGCAGUGUAGACCUUUCUCAAAGUGAUGUCUUUCCUAACACGGGAUCUUUGGGUUUUGCAGGCACAGAAAACGAGAGUUACGUCCGGCAUGAAGGAGAAGUCCAAGGGGAGCUUCCUGUGCCAUAG